AUGGCCGGGUCCUUCGGGCCAAUAGCAGUGAAGGUUCUUUUGGAGGCGCGGCAGCGCUGCCUUCCAAUCAGGCUCGUGGUUGUUGCGAGGCUCUGGGUUCUCUUCUUUUCCCAGGUGGUGUGUUGUGAAGAUGGCAGCUGCGGCGCAGUCCGGGCUGGGGGCGGAGGAGCUGGCGCUGUUGGAGAAGUCUCUGGGCCUGCAGAAAGGGAACAAACCCCUGUUCUUCAAACAAACAAUGGUCCCAGCCUAAUAGGAUUCAUUACCAUAGCUGCCCAUUUAGUUAAACAGGCUAAGAAAGAACAACUACUUGGAAGCACUGCAGAAGAGAAAGCUGUUGUUCAGCAGUGGUUGGAAUACAGAGUGACUCGGGUAGAUGGAUGCUCUAGUAAAGAAGAUACUAGAAUAAUUCUGAAGAUUGACGCCCAGUCUUUCUUCAAAAGAAGCAGGUGGAAGCAGAAAAGAAAACCUCAAGGGUCACUCAGUUAUUUGAGCAGCCAGAUGGCAGGGAGUAGAUUAAAAAAAACUUAUUCUAUUUUCCUUCUUACUCCUUAUGACUGAUAAUUAGUAUUUUUUUGCAACCUUGUGGGAACACAGCUUGAAGAGAAGUUGUUUUACACUGGUAAGUGCUAAGGGCUCUGUUUAGUAAAUGGGUACAAUACAAGAGUGAAAUCUGGUCAAUUCUUAUAGAGCUAGGUUUUCUUGGUUUUGUUCUCUUUUUUUAUUUUCAAAGUCUCUCUAUUUUAUAUAGAAAGUGCAAAAUUAUUGGUGCUACUAAUUAGCUUGGGUUUAGAAAAGCUUUGUGAGCCGCAAGGUUUCAGCAAGGCUGGCUAUACCUGAGGUUAGCAAAGUCUUAAUUAAGAAGUUUUCUGACUUCUGCUAGAUGUGGCUAAUCUGAGUAAACUGGAAUUAUUACAGAAAGCCCUUAAGAUUUACUGAAGCAGUAGUCAAGAGGGAGAGUUAACAUCCUGUAUAACUUAAGAUGAAACUAUGAAACAAAGCCAUAUUAGUAACUGGUUGUGCUUUUCAAGCUGACAGCCUCCUUGGUCAGGCAUGUUGUUCCAUGUCCUCCAGAUCAAUGUUACAGAGGCCCACUUUGGGCAAACUCUAAAGAACCAUUUCUCUCACUUAUCUUGGGUGAUGUGAACUAUCCUGAUCUCAUUGUGUAUACAGGAUAUCUUCCACUGCUUAAGCAUGUGUCUGUUUACAUUUCUUCUCUUAUUUGUAAUAUCACUGGUUUUACUGUCUACAUGUGAAUGCUUUGAAAACCUCUACAGUCGUGGUUACUCAACAGAUACUCAUCAAAAUUCCUUAUAAUCUCCAUCCUUAGAGAUCUUCUAAAUUCAACUAAUAAGACAUUGGCUGUGUUAAACUUCAAGGUUAGGUCUGCUUUACACAGGCUUCAGAGGUUCCUUCCAACCUAAAUUUUUCUGAUUGUUAUAGAAGACAGUCCAAUGACAUAUGAACUACUAAUUUGCAACUAAUGUGAUGAAUAGUUCUACUUUCUUAGCUCAUUAAUAAACUCAUAGUCUACUAAAUACACUACAAACAAAUGAAUUAACACUUUGCAAAGGUUUGUCUUUUGUCUAAAUAACAAAAAUAAACAAAAGCCAGAGGAAUCCCAACCCAACAUUACUUUAUUAAAGAGAAUCAUGUUGACUUUCAGUUAUUCUAGCUCGUAGAGUUCCACGUCAGCUAGAUACCUGUCCUGCAGGACAGACCGUUCCAAUUCAUUUCUGUGCAGUUUAUUUAAAAAUAAACAAAAACCCCUUUAUGGUUAAUAUGUAAUAAAUGCGAGUCUUUUAUCUUGGUUUCUAAAGAACUUUUAAUGUGUUUUGUGCUAUUACAAACUAUGAGGAGACCAUACAAGAAUAAAUACUACCUUUUACUUACCUGUCUUGCCUAUAUGUUCUAAAUACAAAAAGCAAGUUUUCUGUCUUGUUAUAACAAGAUAUAUCUGUUCUGACUGGCUUAAGUGAUGAUACCUUCUUUGUCAGCACACAUAUCUGAGUAGGUGCAAAACUGCGUUUGGGUAUUAAAACCAGACUUGGAAAUGUGAUGGUUUAAUGGUGAAGCUAAUUCCUUUUUUCAGGUUUUAGCCUUAACAGCACCAGCAGUUAGAAAAGACACUGUGCUGAAAUACAAAUGUGUAGAUAAAUGAAAUGUUUCCAAACAAAACAAAACUUCCUUACUAGGAACGUUCAGUGUCACUUGUGGGAGAACCUCAGCCUUUAAACCUAUUCUAAUAAAUACUAACAACUUAAAAAUUUUCUACUUUUUUUUUUUUCGUUUUUUCCCCUUAGCAGAUGUUGAACAGUCAGAAUUUAUCUUGACACAGGACUGCUGUGGAGUUGUUCUAGCAUUAAUAAUUUCAUAGUAUAGCAAUUAAGAUUUUUUUUAAUUUGUUCUCUUGCCACCAUGAUUAAUCAGAACAAGAGGCAGUCUACCAUUAAAAUAUACUAUGCCAAAAGGGAGCAUGGGGAAAGAAAUAAAAUAGAGAGGCAAGUCUGAGACUGUAGUUUUACAGUGUCUGGAAUACACAGUGGCAGUCUUGGGACAGUUGCAGCCUAGAGCCACAAUUUAUAAUAAGCUGUGCCAAAAACAGUUUAGUUGCUUCUGCUGUAAACCCUAGGCUGCCUCUAUUUAACUCUUAAAUGAGGUGAUGUCUUGAAAAACCUCAGUAACACACUAGUUUGUUAGUUUAAACAGGAAGGGCUUUCUUUUUCUAAGGUCUUGAGAAAAAAUGUUCUUAAAUUGAUCUUACUGGCACGUUGACUGAAGCUAUUAUUUGACCUGAUAACAAUCAUAAAGUAGUUGGUCUGUCCCAGUCAGGAUUUUUGUGUUUGUUCAUAGCAAAUGCCAUGCUGUUCAGAACCCAUCAAUUGCAGUGUAGUUUUGUCAAAGUUUUGAUUUGAGCUUCUACACUGGACAAAAUAGCAGGAUCAGUAUCUCUGGACUGUUCUGCAGCACACACAGGAAUGAUGAUUGUCAGUAAUGCAUGAUUGCUUAAUUUCUGAUGUUACUCAUUUUCUCUGCCCCCCACCCUGGAUGCAAUUCCUUUGCCUCUGAUCAACUGUGUGACUUCUGGUUAUUAGGAAAUUAAGUUGCACAAGAAAAAAAUGUGCAAAAUUGUUGUGCUUGAUAUCUAAUAGGGUUGCUGUACUUCUAGGGAGAAAUUGAGAACCUUUUUUUAAAAAAAAAAACCUUUAUAUGUGGCACCAAAUGUCUGCACAGAUGUUAAUGAGUUGUAUCUAGGGGAUAUGAACAUCUCUGCUUCAUCAAUUUUAGCUCUUCAGAACUUGACUGGGAGGUGAGGGGGCAAAAAAAAUCUUUGGAGGCUUAUUCUAAAUAAUCAUAUUUUCUAUUCAGAAUAUAACUUGUGUGUUAGAAUUCACUGAAAAGCUUCUGAAGAAAUGCAGAAAGUUCUAGUCUAAUUUCUAGUCUCUGAAGAACAGUUAGAACCAAAAAUGUGUUAUUACUUCAAAUGUGUCUCAUAGAAAAUGUUCCAUUAUUUCAGAGGCUUCUAAUUUCCUGUUCUUUAUGGCUGCAAUCAUGAAAUGCAAUUAGAAAUCUAAAUGAGAACUUUUGUUACUAUUUCUGGUGCUUGUUUGAAGAAUUACUGUUUCCAAAACCUGUGAAGCAAGCUAAUCUAUAUUCCAUCCAUAUAGUUCAUCCAGAGGUUCGGUACACUGUUAGUCGACAGACUUUCAAAUGGGAUGUCUGUUCACAUUGAUGGGUUUGUCUAGCCCAAUGUUCACUCCUCUCCCUUCUCUAGCAACAGCAGGAUAUUGUGCAAUUAGAGGCAUAGAAGGCUGCAUUCUGAUUAUUUGGGCAGCAUUUGUUGAUUAUUUUUCCUCCUUGUCCUUUGGUGAGAAAGCAGCUGACUGAAUACAGUAGUCGUCCAGACCAAGUUUAGAUCAUAGUUUGCCUGUUAUGCAGCUAAAUCUUGAAUUAGAAUUCAAAGUAUUGUUGCAGGGGAAAAAAAAAUCCAUGCCCCAGAAGUGAAGUUCCGCUGUUCUUGUAUCCUGUAUUGUCAGAGAGCUUUAAAUAUUUGAGCAUGGUCUGCCGUAUGUCACUGCAUGGUGCAGUGUAAAGGCACCUAGGGCAUAAAUGUGACCUUGAGAAUAUUAUUGACUGAAAGAAUGUGGAUUUGUUUGUAAAGGAAGUAUGUACAACAGCAGUGGGGUUCUUGUGGACAAAAUGUCCACAGAAUUAGCGUGUGGUUAGAUCAUUGCAAGUUGUUGAGUCAUUUUGAGAAGCAAUGGUUGCUUGUCUGAGCUGUAGUGAUAGCCAUGUCCCAGCUUGCGGCAACUGGAAGAGAAUUCAGUCAUUUUAAUGGAUUAAUUGGAUUACAGGCAGUUGGACUAUGUUCUGAAAAUAUGGUAAGCAACAGUGUGGGGCAACCAGAAGCAUGCUGUGGGUGGGUUGUACUGAGCUGUCAGCUUAGAUGUCGGCCGUAAAUAGGACAUCUUUUACAUAGAACAAGCAAAUGGUAAUCCAUCAGUCAGUUCAUAGACAAUGCAGCAUCUUCUCAGCUUUCCUUUGCUUUUUUUCCUCUUCCUACCCAAGAAUGAAAUCAGAAUUGUUAUAGUUGUUUAUUGUAACAAUAUGCAUUCAGCUGCAGUUAUACCUUAUGUGUUUGCCUGAAACUUGAGGAAGGCAUUCCUGAGAUUGUGACAAGAAGUUAAUAUAGUUACAUGCAUAUAUUCUAGCAUUUAGAUGAUUUAGUUAAUCUUUGAAGUUGCAUGUAAUCAGUUUAAGUGCUGAUAUUCAGUACAUGAAAGACAGUGCCAUGAAUGGCAGGCAACUAAUAGAUUUGAAUUUUCCUGACAUAGCAGUAGUUCAGAUAAAGUUUUUUAUUCGUGUUUCCAUUAAUCUCUUCAGGACACGAAGACUAUUUCAGUUCAAUAUCAUGGUCACUUAAGAAAGCUUCACUUCUGGGAAGUUUAACAUGGAAACUGUCACAGUUUGCUGUUAGGCAGUAAUGUAACCAGUUUUAUGGGACUCCUAACCCAUUAGAGAAGAUUAACUAAAUGCUCCUAUUGUACAUGGGGAAAAGAAAAUGUGCUAUGGUGUUUCUAAAUUAACUUGACUUUUACAAUAUGUAUUCAGAAUAGUUUACUAAAUCUUACAGGAGGAAUAUGCGUGUUCAGAACCAGAAUUACAAAUUAAUGCUAACUUCUCCAAGACUAAACCACAUCAGUCAUAUUCUGUUGCCUCAGUGAACUGAUUUCAUAAAACUUGGUAAGCCAGAAUAAAUAAUGGGUCACACUGUGAUGGCUUACUUUGUCCCUAAAUUUUUAGGAUGUUCUUUACUGGUGAGUAUUUUGAGUAUGUAGAAAUAAUAAAUAUGCCUGUGCAAUGUAUUUGAAGAGCAAACUUAUUCUUUUUAUGGUAUCUACCUCUCCUGAACAACUAUGCAAACUGGUGUUUCCGCAUAGAAAUUAGUUUACCUCUUAAAGUUGUGUUUAAAAAAAAAAAAAAAUUAACAUGAUGUAACUUCUUUAAUGCAAAAACUCAGAAUUUUGACAAGUGAAAUAACUGUAAUGAUUGUACUUUCUUAAAUAGUUAACUUUUUCAGUAAACUGAGCUAUAGUUUUUUUGUCCUGCAAGC